GAUAGGUCAGAAAUUGCAUAAAAGCCGUUCUAUCAGUUUGAAGCUUACACUUUUUUGGUAGUGCUUGUGAGUUUUGUGUUUAAUAUGCAUCAGAUUUAGUGAUCCAGCUGAGGCUGAAAUUACUCUGACCAUACUCUGAUACAGGGUAUCAAACUAUUGCUAUAUGCUUUACACACAGACUAUAAAAUGCAUCAGUAUAGAUAACGUCUCUGAUUUCGCCACUCAGCACCCACAGAUUCAGAAGAAAUCACAGUACAUCAAGUACCUGUGCUGUGAUGAUGUGAGAACGCUGCAUCAGUGGGUCAAUGGAAUACGCAUUGCCAAGUAUGGGAAGCAGCUGUAUUUGAACUACCAGGAAGCUAUGAGACGCACAGAGGCUGCUCAUGACUGGUCCUCCCUGUCCAGCUCCAGUAUCAAGUCUGGUUCCAGCUCCUCCAGUCUGCCAGGUGAGCUCAGCAGUGCAGCCAGGGCCGGCCCCUAUCAAUUUGGUGCCCUAGGCAAAAUUUUAGCUAGUGCCCCUUGCAUUGCAGCCAAUUCCACCGCCGAUCAUUCACACAGAAACUGCAUAGCUUUGACAUAAAACAAAUUACAUAUGAAAAUAAGACGGUUGCGCGCACAAAAAAAAAUCUAUAAAUAAACUGACAUUACCUCUGCUAUUUAAAUUAGAGAACUUUAUCAUUCAAAG